AUGCGCGGAGUCAAGAAAUCGCGGAACGGAUGUGCAACAUGCAAGAGUAAACGGUUGAAAUGUGACGAGGCGAAGCCCGCCUGUGGCCGUUGCACUCGUCUGGGAGUAAAAUGUCCCGGCUACACCCAGCCGCUGCGAUGGGUCACCAAGCAUGAGGUUCUUGAAAGAGUCAUCAAAGAAACCCAAUCAACCAACAGUUCUGAGAAUCAAAAUGGUCCCAGCCUGCAAGAACCACCCAGCGUUUCGCCAUCUGAGGUGCCAGUGACCAUCCAGGACGAUCCCAAUUCCCAAGCUCAACAGGUAGCUCCAUUUGAGGACCCUCCAACCAGUGAUCUAGACUCUCGAUUGAACGAUGAUCUAUGGGAUAGUCAAUUUAGUGAUGCUCUUCAAGAGCUGGACCAACUCGCCUCCCCGGUUCCUCAGCUCUCCACCUUUGAUUUUGAGCAGGCCGCUGGCAGUUCAUCCUACGAGCCGAACCAUGACGGACAAGCAGAUGAAUCUCCUAGGCAAGGCAAUCUAAGCAACGAGAAUGAAAUUUCCUUGUAUGGAGCUUUCUCUCCGUCGACUUUCGUGCGUCAGUCCCCUGUUCAUCCUCAGCGGUCCGCGUCGAAUGAUCGACUCAGCGUGCUGCCGCCCCCGCGGCGGUCCCUGGAGGAUCCGUCCUCGACGCUCGUUGAAUAUUAUUUCAAGGAGGUUGCUGGUCUGUUCUCCAGCUACGAUAGCCAUAUGAACCCCUUUCGGACCACCGUGUCGCGUCUGUGGAGUUCCUCGCCGGCCAUGUGCCGGACUCUGCAGAGUAUGGCCGCAGCUACAUUAGUCGACGAUUUCCCCCAAUUCGGGCCUGUCGGGCUCAAGCUGCGCCAAGAAGCCAUCUCGAUGCUGGAGAAACAAACGGUGAUGGACGAUAAGUCCCUUUUGGCCCUGCUGAUGCUUGGCCAGACUGCGAGUUGGCACAACCCGAAUGAUCUGGGGAUUUCCUUCUUCAACCUCCUCCGGAAGCAUAUCAAUGCCAUCGCCUCUGGCAGUCACCACGGUUCUCUGCUGAGCAAUCGCAACAACUACCAGUUUUUCGAAGAAGCUCUGGUCUACUGGGAGAUGUUGUUGUCGUAUGUGGCGGACCAUAACACUCUUGCUCCCGCGAAGACGGGCCUGCAGACGACAACCGACAGCAUUUUGUUGCAACGGGUGCCGCACCCUUGGACCGGCAUCGCGCGGGACACGCAGUUUACGGUGCAUGAAGUCGGCCGGCUGAUUCGUCGCGAGAGGAACCGGGUUCGUGCGAGACGGUUCACGUCACAGGGAGAUAUCGCCCAGGCACAGAAGGCGAUCCAAAAGGCACGAGAGCUCGAAGCCAGACUGUUGAACCUCUCGCAUCCAGCCGAGACGGAGAUCGUCAAUCCGGGGGACGACGAUACUCCGGUGUGGCACCUGCUGGCGAUGGCCGAAGUGUAUCGAUAUACGGGUCUCAUUCAGCUGUAUCGCGUCUUUCCCGAUCUGCUGCGGUCCCGGUUACAACGGGGAGACCAGUCGUUCAAUCUGAGCCUGGACAAUCAAAGUCCAUUCAGUGUAUCGAGUGACGCUUCGACCAAUCCCCUUGCUGGACUCACGGAUGGCGUCUUCAGCGACAGCGGCGGUAGCGAAUGCGACGAAGACGCCGCUGACCUCCCAGAGUCGGUUCGAAACGAGUGGCUCACCAGGUUCGCGUUGACGGCCAUGGCCCGGCUGAAGACGAUUCCGUUGGAGUCGCGCACGAGAUGUCUGCAACCGUUCCUGCUCGUCGCGUCGUCCAGCGAACUGCGCCUGCCUCCUGUCGACGAAGACAGUAGCUAUGGCCUCAACCUGUCGUCGCAUGCGAUUGAAGUGUCGCGCACGCGCAAGUUCAUCCUCGGGCGCCUGGGCUCGUUCCUGCACGUCCUGCCACCCAAACCGAUCCACGUCUGCCUGCAGCUGGUCAAGGAGGUGUGGAAUCGGAUGGACGCGGGCGAGCCGAAUGUGUACUGGAUGGAUGUGAUGAUUGAUAACGGGUGGGAGACGACGAUGGGGUAG